UCGGAGACCACCUUGGGAAGACCUUGACGAGUAUACGUUUACCUCGGUAAAGUUUCGUGUGGAGUUUCGUGGCGUUAUUUACCGCGUGCUUGGUGAACAAAACGGAGCACGGUCAUGGCCGUGCGGCUUAAUAAUAAGUUCCAGAUUUUUGUGACUAUUUUCUUAGUCAUUGGCUGCGUUACCCAGCAAGCCGCGGCCAGAAAAGAGAACGAGCAUGACAGCGUUGUCGUCGAAGCCGCGGAGAGCAUAGUUCCGAAUUCAUUGACAAGGGAAGGUCGAGGAGUCUUGUGGAACGAGAAAGCCGGAAAUGGUGCCUGCUUAACGUCCAAGGGGGAAGUCGGCUACUGCACGACUUUCAAAGAGUGUUAUCCCUAUUUCAAGAUCCCCGAUCUGGGGGCUCUUGAUGGUUGGGUCCUCGGGGUGUACGACACUUGCAGUUUCAUACGAGAAGAUGGUCGGAUGGGUUUUGGGGUAUGCUGCUCUUCGAAUCCGCUGACAAGUCCACCCUCUUUCCCAGGCAGUGGUCCAGUGAUCGAGGAUACCCAGGUCAAUGGGGACGACUGCGACGAUGAUUCGACUCAAGUUGUUGGCAUGAAACCACAGAAGCCUGGCAGCUGGCCACCACCAUUACCCACUCACUCCCCUGACAACACGAUACCUCCGCUCCCAACUCACCCACCUCUCUCCAAGCCGACCAACGGUAAGCCUCUGGCAACUUCCCAGGCGACUUCUAAAAGACCAAGCGCAACGACUUGGCCAACGAAGAAGCCCGCAUGGUGGCCAGGCGCGACAACUCAAAAACCUUCCCAAACGACCGCCACUGCACCACCAAUUAACAACGCAGAGUGCGGAGCCAAAAAUGGCAACCAGGAUCAAGAACGCAUCGUCGGGGGUCAGAGUGCUGAUCUUGGCGAGUGGCCUUGGAUCGCGGCUCUUUUCAAUUCCGGACGGCAAGUCUGCGGAGGAUCACUCAUUGAUGACACCCACAUACUCAGCGCAGCUCACUGUGUCGCCAACAUGAACUCGUGGGAUGUGGCGCGCCUUACCGUACGGUUGGGCGACUAUAAUAUCAAAACGAGCACAGAGGUCCGUCACGUUGAAAGGCGAGUCAAACGGGUUGUGCGACAUCGAGGCUUCGAUCCAAGAACUCUGUACAACGAUGUUGCUAUACUUACCAUGAGCGAGCCGGUCGAAUUCACCGAAGCUAUAAGACCGAUCUGCUUGCCUACCGGAUCGCAACUUUAUUCUGGAAAAACGGCGACAGUCAUCGGCUGGGGAUCCUUGAGAGAAAGUGGUCCCCAACCAGCGAUUCUCCAAGAAGUCUCUAUUCCAAUCUGGUCAAAUGCAGAAUGCAAAUAUAAAUACGGAUCCGCAGCUCCGGGUGGCAUUGUCGACAGUUUUCUUUGCGCAGGACUCGCUGCAAAAGACUCGUGCUCGGGUGACAGUGGUGGACCGCUGAUGGUGAACGACGGUCGUUGGACUCAGGUUGGAAUCGUAAGCUGGGGCAUUGGUUGCGGCAAGGGACAGUACCCAGGCGUCUACACAAGAGUCACGCACUUUCUGCCGUGGAUAAAUAAAAAUCUGAGGUAGAUGCUCAGAGACGAAAAGGAUGAUCCAAUCUCGGAUAAUUAUAGUGCGAUCAACUGCAUCUUCAACUUUAUUUUCUUUUGCUCGACUCUCGAUGCUUUCGAACCUGCUUAUGUAAAUUCUUUGCAGGAAGACAGCUUUGAAGCGAGCAAAGAGAUCGAAAUGGUCGAUCGAAAGGAAAGCGAUACAUGAUCGAUUCGAAGAUUCGAAUCCAAUGACUUUUUUUAUUAGUAAAAAAAAUGAGCAACCCCAUAAGUUUGAAGCGUCAACAUCAUCACCGCAUGAUGGAAAACGAAAUGUGCGUCGAAAUAAGUAUAGAAUUAGUACGAAAUUCAUAUGAAAUUUCAUUAAAAAGUGUCAAUAAAAUAUACGACUCGUAUAUGACGUACCACUUGGAUGUGAUUUUAUCGCGUAUUAUUGUCGUGCUUUUUUAUCUUUGCAUGUGAUUAUAUCUAUUUCCCUUGUUGAUGUUACUUUGACUCGAAAACGACUUAUUGUCGUAGUGAUUCUCUUAAGGUAUUCCAUUCGCACUCGAAUAGACACUCAAAAUUUGGACUGAUUCCUAACCUCCUCUGAGAAGUCGCGGUUAUAUAGGAAAAGCUUCUCCUGCUGCGAUUUUUUUCCAACUUCUAUUGUUAAUAUCUCUUUUAAACAUUCGGUAACCCUUUAUCUUUAUCAUCGCUAUGGAUUUCUUACAUAUUUUUCUAUCUGUGAGACAGUUU